AAGGAGAGGAACCAGAGGUGUUGUUGACCCUCCGAUCUGUUCCGCAAGACGAAUUGCCGCCUGUAGGCACGCCGGCCCCUCAGGAGCCAGAGGAAGAGGAUCGGGAAAGUAGUGAUGGAGAAACGUUCGUGGAAGGCUUGAACAUCACACAGGAGGAUAGAGAGGGUGCCAUAGAAGGGGAAGGAACAGCGGCCAUUCCCGAAGCCCCUCCUGCCCCUCCAAGCGUACCAGAUAACGGAAGGAACAGGCCAAGAGUCGACGCUCCCCAACCAGAGCCACAGGGGGCAACUGAGGGAAGAGCAAGGAGAGGGGAGCACAUAGUGAAUGCGAUAAUCCACCAUGGGAAAAAUGAGUGGGAACUGUACAGAAAGCAGAACAGGAUUAUCGCAAAUAGGAACAUGCGCCAGAUGCAGCGGUUUAUUGAUAGUUGCACAGCCGAGGCACAAUCAUGGAACGAACAACAGCAGUUGCUGACAGAACAAAUAGGGAAGGCUAUGGAUAUCUGCUCACAGCUUGUCGCACUGCAAGAGGAGGACUUGGAACUGAAAAGGGAGGACUUUGCUCUGCGCCGAACCCAGGCUGAACAAGCUGUGGAAUAUCAAAAGGCCAAAUUGGAUUUACUUCGAAGAGGAAGCCAACAGCCCAAAGCAGGUGUCAGUCGCUUUCGCAGGCCAUUGUGUCUGGUAAACGCUCCCAGCCAAGCCUCAGUUGCGCAGCCUCCCCCCAUGGCUGAGGAAACAGAGGAGGAAGAAAUUGUUCCUGGGUCACAAUGGACACUUCCAGUCGAGUCCGAAAUAGUACCGGAGCCCGCGAGAAAGAAGAGGGUCAUAAAAAAAGGCACCUGUAUUCACCCUCAUGACUGCUGUCUGUUGAACGUCACCCAUCAUACUUGUUUUUAG